AUGGAGAUGGAAAUAGGUCCUGGAAUACCUAGGAAGUGCCAGUGUGGAGCAUUAACAAUUGUGUUAAAAUCUAAAACAACACAGAAUCCUGGAAGAAAAUUCUAUCAAUGUGGAGCAAUUUCGGGUCCAAAUCACGUUUUCAAGUGGCUGGAUGAAGCACAUCUUGAAGAAUUUGAUGUUUUGGCAAAGAAAUAG